AACUAAUCUAGACUUAAGGUUUAGAGUUAAGAGGUAGAGUUUUGGGGAUAGAGUUUCAAAUUUUAAAAAAUUAAAAUUAAAAUUUUCAAAACAAAAAGUGUUAUUUUGGUCAUUUUAUUUUAAAGUGAUAUUUUGUGACAAAAACUUUAAAAUGUCUAUUUGAAAAAAUUGCUCUUUAAAGAUUUAUCUAUUUAGUUUCAAAGUGAAUAACAUGAAUUAAUAAAGUAGGCUAUCUAUUAAUAAUUAAUAGCCAAAAUAAGUAAAUUUAUAUGAGCAAAUUAGCUCAAUAUACUGAAAAAGAUGGAAUACCAUAGAAUGGGGGAGGGAAAUGGUAAUGAUGGGGGGAAGAAAAUUAAAGAGAAAUAGGGUAUGGAGUGCAAAUAUGAGAGGUUUGGUGUGUAGAGUUUAAAUUCUCUUUAUAUUAUUGGUAUGCAAAUGUACAGUCUUUUUUUCUCCGUAUUUGCAGAUCAAAAAAUUUAUGUGUAAUUUAAUAUGCAUGCAGAUUUUUUUAUUUUUUAAUCAUUUAUUUUUGAUCAGCAAAAAUGUGCUAAAUGGCAAACAAAUUGCAAUCCAAUCUGCAUAAAAAAUGGUCUGCAUUUAUUAUUCUGUGUUAUAUUCAAAGCCAUAAUAUCUACUUCAAUUAUAUGAAAGAUAUGAAAGCUCGACAAGAUUGCCCAAAUGAUUGGACAUUUUCUUUUCAAUAUUAUUGGACACUUAUGAGAGUCAUAGAUGUUUAUGUUAGUCUUAGAUAUUUAUGUUUUUCCAUGGAUUCUUUGACCAAACCACCUUUUGUCCUUUUUCCAUUGAUCAUCUGCAGUAGUAAAGAAAUUGAUGUUACAGCCACGAAAUGGACAAACUGGUUUCCAUAAUACAUUUUUGUGAAGGAUUGAGAUUUUACUUUUUGAGGUGUUUUCUUAACUCACGCAUGCAUCUUUCUACUCGAUAAUCUCAUAACCUUUACGUUACAUGUCAAUAUCUCAAUACAUCCAUUAGAUAUUUCUAUCAAACUCGUGGAUAAUUCCAACAUGAUCAGAACUAAAGUUGACGAUCCAUAUCCCACACCCCGAUUGUAAAGAGCUUAAUAAUGGAUCAGAGUUUGAGACUUGAUUUCUCUAAUUUCUACAAAGGGCGGUCGUUAAAUGUACCACUAGACGUUUUUAUCUUUUCUCAAAAUCUUCUAUAUGAAAAUAUUAGGGUACUGGAAACGAGAUGAUAUACUACAACUUGUUAUGGGCAAAAACAAAUAUCAAAGAUCUAAUAUAUCUUCGAUUCCUUUUCAUCUAAAAUUAAAGGAUAAUAUUAUAUUAUAUUAUAAAAGAUGGAGAAAAAGCUCGAGAACAUACAUCUUUUCUAUAAUUUGGGAAGGUGUUUGCUAGCGAAACGCUACACAUAAAAUUGCAAAGGUAUAAGUUGUUAUAUGUCUUGUUAUCGUUAGAAAAGAGAAAAGGAGCACAUACGACGAGAGAAGUAGGGUGCAUAGUUGCUUUGAUUGAAAAAUAAAAUUAGAAAUGAAAACUUUUGAUGAUAUAAAUGUUUAUGAAUAUUAUCUAUGAUUAAUCUACGUGCACUGUAUUUGUAUGUAUCAGUCAAACUUCACUAUUUGCAAAGCUAUUCUUUUUUGAACACUUUUGAAAAAACAAUAUACUUGUUCCUUUUACUUUUCAUUUAAUUAUAUUUAUUUAAAGUUAUAAUCUCGUUUUAGCUUAAUCUUUGACCAUCAAUUCAUCAACAGUUUGGGUUAUGAUAUUUUGAACAGUGUCCUAAUCUAAUUAUUUGGUAUGUUUAAUCAUUACCAUUUACAAGACUGAUAGCUUUUUGUUGGUUUAUUUUAUACCUGAUACCCAACAAAAAAUGAACUAAACAAAAUCAGAUUAUAAGUUUAAUAUACUUUCAUUUCCGUUUUAAUGUUUAGAAAAUGAACUAACAGAAUAAAAAAAUGGAAUAUGUCAACGAAACUAAUAAGUAUUUUUUUUUUCUAUUGAAAUGAUGUUUCUUAGAAUGGAUAGAAAAGUUGAAGUUGAAGCAUACUCAAAUAAUUAUAAUAUAGACAGCUGAAUGUAAUAGUUCAGAAAAGAAAACACAUGUCCUGUAAUUUUUUUUAACGCCGGAUAAUUAUGCUAUUACAACUAUGAGAAAUAUUACAGACGAUUCUACAGUCGACAAUUAUACAUGUCGUAUGAAGAUUCACGCCUGAUUGCAUCACUUGAGCCGCCAUAUCGGAUCCACGCUUGACGAUAUUCUUUGCGUCAUGUUGUAGAUCUCUUAUAAGUAUUUUCUCGUUUAAUUCGCAUAAUUCCGCAUUCUCCGAGAAUUAAAACCCAGAUCUCUUAGUGUAGAAGCAUUAAUAAAUCAUUGGUUAAACCAUUGGUCAAACCACCCAGAUGUCCUGUACUUAGGCAUGGGUUUUCGAUGUCCUACUCAGGUUCGAUCAGAUUAAUUUGGAUUUUUAGAUUUUUUUUUUGUAUAUUAUGUUCAUAAGUCCCAUUUAAAUUUUAGUAGUUGGUUGGAUUCAGUUCAUUUUUCUGAGUUGGUUCAGAUCGAUUAUAACCAAUAUAUGAAACUGCCCAAAAAACUUUUUAAAGACUAAAGAAAUUAAUCAAAAAUAUUCAAAAUAAAUAAAUUAUUAUAAAAAUUUAUCUGAAAAUUAGUUGAAUUACCUAAACUAAAUUAAAAUAUCAAAAUUAUUUCAACAUAUGUAAAUUUAACUAAUUUCAGAUAUUUUUGAUUCCUAAUUCAAAUUUUGGUUCAGUUCCUUAAUUUGAAAGUACCUAGUUCUUAGAUCUGUUCUUAUAUUUUUUUUUAUAAUAGUUCGGAUUGGAUUUUUAUUUUUUUUGGUUUGGGUUUGGUUGGAUUUUGGGUUGGGUUAAAAACACCCAAAUCUAACAGUGAUUCUGUAAAUAUGUAACGAGCUUGCAAAUAUGCAUUGUGAACUUUUCUUGAAUCAUUUGUAGUAUUGUUAAUGUAUAAUAUUGUUAAGAUAUAAUGUUAACUUUCAGCUCAGGAAUUGAGACAAAGGAAGGGGAAUAACAGCAAAAAAUGUAGAAGCAAUAUAAAGAGGCCAUCUCGCUUUUCCAAGUUCCAUAAUUUUCUUGCGUUUUGUUCAUUUACGUAGUCAAUUCUUUAUUAUUUUUGUUUUUUCGCUUUUUUUUCUCUCUUUUAACGUACUCCAUGCUUUUGGCCGGUGGAAUCAAAACUAUAUUUUAUGUUUUUUUUUUUUAACUUUAUUUUUAUCUUUAGUUUGUUUUUCCUCUAUAUUUUUACAAGCCUUUACCUUGUCAAUCCACGUGAGAAUCGUGUUAACAGAAAUGAUAUAUUCUAUAAGAUAGAGACUCGCACGGGGAAGAUAAAAAAAAUAUAACACAAAGAACAAGGGAAGAGAACAAUCUAUGUUUCGGUUCAAUUUUGGUUUAAUUUUCUCCCCUUUUUAUAUUUAAAUUAUAUUUAUAUACAAAUCAACUUUAUUAUAGGUUGGUGAUCUUUAAAAAUCUGCAUAUAUUUAUAGUUUAAGAGAGAUUUGUAUAUAUAAAUUUAGAAUUGGAAAAUGUGAUGUUAUUCGUUUGAAUAUCAAAAUAUAUUGGUAUAAUUAAUAUUGGAGUAUAUAUAUUCUGACAAUGUAAGAGGUUAUAUUGUAUACUUUUAAUUUGAAAAAUACUAUGAAUUAUGGAAUAUAAUCGGUUGUAUAUGUGUUAAUAUGUCUACCACGAAGUCAUUAAAUAAAUUGUCGGUCCAAAAUACGAGUGGGAAGAGAUAAAUUACAAUGCUGGAAUAUGAUUAGAUGCCCAUUUUGAUUUGUUUGCCUCUUUGUUUCCAUUUCUCUUUGGUACCCAAACGCACCCACAUUCUUCAUCCCACUUUCAUGCUUCUUGUCUAUCUGUUAUUGUAUUUUUUAUAAUCAAAUCUACUAUAUCAAUUUUAUAUCGAGAAUUUAGCAUCUAUAUUGAAUACCCAUGUUUUAUUCUCAUCGGUCAGUUUAUCUCGUGUGAUCAUUCCAAUAUAGAAGUGAUUUAUGAAUCUAUGUGAGCCAUGAAUUUGGAAGCAUAUCAUCCCAAUUCUCUGAGCCUAGAAUAUAUUCGAUUUUCGAAUGAUUAUAGAUAUAUUAUCUAAGCAUUUAGAAACAGUGGCACCAGAGCCGUGCCUGAGUACAAGCCCAUCAAAUAUAUGUUUCGGUACAUGUAUAAUUAAAUAUAUUUUAGGACCCAAUUUGAAAAAAAAAACUGAUUGGUUCAUUUGGCUUUGGACUAAUCGUUUGUUCAAAUUUGUUGAUGUUUGAUUCUUUCACCAUACCAAUUUUACUAAAUAUUAUACUAAAAAGUCAAAAAUAAUUCUUUGCUUCCAAAUUCAAAAAAGUCAGGUACGGUCCGAUGUGAUGUCGACACGUGCAUACACGACAGAUCCAGAUAAUAAAUACAUUACGAUAAAUAUGAGUUUUUGUUGUCGCUAAUGUCUAAAUAUCAUAUUCAUAUGGUACGCUGCAUUAACAGAGCUCUAGUUGAGUCAGUCCCAAAGAUAUUAUGUAUGCCUCUGAUACAUAUACGACGAUCAUUAAAGUUGUACAAACACAAAGAUUAUAAGAAUUAGCACUUCUUAUUAGAUUUAAAAACUCUCUCAAAACUAAAUUUUUCAAUGUGUUUCUCUUGAUGGAACAUCUCUCCAUGAGAACUCUUUAUAUAGGACAAAGCUACAUAUUUUCCUAUUAAUAAUAUGGAAACAUUCUUAAGCUUGAUAUGUUUUUCUUUUUCCUUAACCCAUCAAACUUCAGUUUAAUGAGUUAACUUGCUCCUCAAAUUAAUUGGAAUUAUCCAACAUUCUCUCCCUUAAUUCCAACUUGAAUCUUAGGUAUGUUGAUCUUCUGAACUCCGAUGAACUUGCGCAUUGCUUCGAACUUGAGGUAUGCUUCACUGCUUCUCCAUGACUCUCUCUCUUAAGCAUCCUAUGGUGCUUCGAUAUGAUAUUGCAUCAAUCUCAGAUUCCUCCUCUGCCUUCAGAAUUUUCAAACUCCUGUGCAUUGGAACGUGAGUAUAGUUACAUGACUUCAUCUUCGUCUUGACAAGUAUACUUUGCGUGUAUCCUCCUUGCUUGAUUCGAAUGCCAUCAGCUCCUUGCGUUACUUCUAUACCAAGAUAGUAUGUAAGCAUCCUAAGGUCUGACAUCUCAAAUCUUCUUGACAUAUCAUCUUUGAAUUUCUUGAUAACGUUGAGCGAAGUCCCUGUUAAAAACAAAUCAUCGACGUAUAUAGCUAUGAUGAGAAGGUACCCCUUCUCUUUCUUUUGAUAUACCGCAUGUUCAUUGGUGCACUUCGUGAACUCCAUCUCCUUGAGAACACGGUCGAGUUUGAUGUUCCAAGCUCUCAGAGCAACUGGUGCACCAGUCUAUUUCACACCGUUCCAUCUCCAUUCCUCUUGAUCUUAUAGAUCCACUUCAAACCUAUCUAUUUCACACCUGUCGGCUUCUUGACGAUCUUCCAGGUCUUGUAUUUGAUGAUAGAUUUGAUCUCUGUCAUCAUUGCAUCGAUCCAUGCUUGUAUCGAUGCACCUUCGAUGUAACUUUCUGGUUCACCAUCGAUGGUGAGUAAGAGUCUGCCACCUUCAACUUCAGCGAGUAGGAUGUAAUCAUCAAACCGCUUUGGUUUUCUGAUGUUGCGGCCAUAUCUCGAUGUUACAUGCUGGUCUUGGUUUGCAUCGUUGUUCUCUGCUACUUGAUCUUGUUCACUUGUGUCUACAACUUCUUCUUCUUCGUUAUUGUUUUGCUCUUCGUGGUGUUGGUGAUUUUGAUGCUCAUCACCAUCUUCUUCUUCUAUAACAUCGAUAUGAGGAAGCUUGAAUGAUCUUGGUUCUUCGUCCACGUUUGUUGAUAGUGUAGACCAAUCCUAACUUUUCUUCUCGUCAAAGAUUACAUCUCUACUAACAACUACCUUCUUCAUGACAGGAUCAUAGACCCUAUAAGAUUUUGAACCAGGCUGUGUCCCAAGAUUGAUCACCAUCCUUGAUCGAUCAUCGAGCUUUCUGAGAUGUGGAGCAUUGAUUUUUGCGAAAGCUACACACCCAAAGACCCUUAGAUGCUCAAUGUUUGGUUUCUUAACAUAUAAUAUAAGCCUUCGUAUGGAGUUUUGUUUUCCAAAGCCUUUGUAGGAAUGCGGUUUAUGAGAUACGUUGAAUGACGUCCUGCUUCUCCCCAUAGCUAAUUAGGAAUCUUCAUACCUUUCAUCAAACUUCUAGUCAUCUCCAUUAGUGUUCUAUUUCUUCUCUCGACCACACCGUUUUGUUGCGGUGUAUACGGUGCGGUGAGAUGUCUAGUUACACUGUUUUCUUCACAAAAAUGAAUGAACUCAGAAGAUGUGAACUCUCCUCCUCUAUCGGUGCGAAAAGUCUUGAGUUUUAGCUUCAUUUGAUUCUCCACAUACUUAUUGAACUUUUUGAACCGAUCGAACGCUUCACUCUUCUCUCUAAGCAGCAUCGUCCACAUAUAUCUUGAGUAAUCAUCAAUUAAGACGAAUACAUAUCUAUUAUUUGCUGGUGUUGGUGGUGAUAUCGGACCGCACAAGUCACCAUGUACCAACUCUAAUGCGUGUGAUGCUUGAUACUUUGCUUUAGGUGGGAAAUACUUCCGAGUUUUCUUUCCAACCAAGUAAGCGCUGCACACAUCUUUCUCGUGUAUUACCUAAGGCAUCGCUACUACCAUCUCCUUGUCUACCAUAUUCUUCAUGACUCCAAAGUUCACAUGUCCUACCCUUGCUUGCCACGUCCAUGUAACACCAGUUUCUUGUAUUUGAAGACACUUAGGAUAUUAACCUCAUUGGCGUCUUGUACAAUCGGUUUGGUUGCCUUGCGACUUGUACUAAUAGCCUUCCACGGGGAUCUUUCAGCAUCAGUAAGUCUUCUUUCAUAUUAACCUCACAACCCAUCUCGUUGCUUGUCCAAGACUUAUUGUUAUUGUGUUUUAGAUUAGGAAUGUAGUAGAUGUGUUUAAGUGCUCUUCUCUCCCAUGUUUUUCCGAUGAACGUGAUCGAACCUUUCCUAACAACCUCGACGUUUGAUCCAUCACCAAAUUUGACUUUGCCUUUGAUGCCCUCGUCUAGGUUUGAUAAGAACUCUCUCUUGCUUGUCAUAUGGUUACUUGCACCAUUGUCAAGGUACCAUAUACUUUUAUUUCCAUCGCAUUCGUCAAACCUCUUAGGAAACACUCUCUCUUCGUUGACGAAUACUGCUUCAUGCAUAUAUAAUACAUCUUCUUCUUGUGUUUCCGUUAGGUUAGCUUCUUCUCUUGGUCGUGUAGGACAAUGUGACACGAAAUGUCCCAUCUUGUCGCAUCUCCAACAUUUAACUUUAGAGUAGUUCUUCUUGGUCUUGUCUGAAGCUUAUCCUCCUUUGUUAUGACCAUCAGAUACAUUAGACCUUCCUCGUCCUCUUCCUCUUCCACCAUAACCUCUUCCUCUGCCUCUUCCUCGCGAGUUGUUAUGGCUUCCACGACAUUGCGUAUCAUUCUUCACAAACAUUAGCUUUGAUUGAUCAUCUUGGGUUUCUUCUUUUACGCGUUCUUCGAAAGCUUCCAAUCUCCCAACAAUGUCUUCGAACCCCGUUGAAUUUAGAUCUAGCACUUGUUAUAAUGAAGCUACGAUGUGAAUGAACUUCGUUCUUGGAAGUCCCUUCAGAAACUUAUUUACCAUCUUCGAUUCUUCCAUUAUCUCUCCUAACGCGGGUGCUCUCGAUGCUAAGCCUGAAAUUUUUCCUGCGUAGUCAUCCACCGUGUUUAUGUCUGCCAUCUUCAGUUUGUCAAACUCAGACAUCAAAGUUUGUAACUUCGCUUCUCUCACGCGAUCAGCACCUAGGUUACGGGAUCUGAUAGCUUCCCAAAUAUUCUUCGAUGUACCAUGUUCUCCUAUCUGAAGUAUUAGCAUUUCCGGGACUGAUUGAAAUAUUAGAGCAAUCGCCAUAUUGUUCUUCUUUGCAUCAUCGCUCCCUGGAUCAAUAGUAUCCCAAACUUCGUAUAAACGAAGCAUCACUUUCAUUCGCAUCGACCAUAUGGUAUAUUUAGUUGAUGAUAGCAUCGAACAUCAUAUGUCCUUCUUCAUCUCAAGACCUUUAUCACGUCCUUGAGAAUUGUUAUUAUCUCCCAUGUUUUGAUCGAGUUACAACUCCUCUUGUAAAUGAUCUUUGAAACCUGGAGCUCUGAUACCAAUUAAAGUUGCACAAACACAAAGAUUAUAAGAACUAGCACUUCUUAUUAGAUUUAGAAACUCUCUCAAAACUAAACCUUUCAAUGUGUUUCUCUUGAUGGAACAUCUCUCAAUGAGAACUCUUUAUAUAGGACGAAGCUAUAUUUUUUCAAACCUGGUUCUGAUACCAACUAAAGUUGCACAAACACAAAGAUUAUAAGAACUAGCACUUCUUAUUAGAUUUAAAACUCUCUCAAAAAUAAACCUUUCAAUGUAUUUCUCUUGAUAAAACAUCUCUCAAUGAGAACUUUUUAUAUAGGACGAAGUUACAUCUUUUCGUAUUAAUAAUAUGAAAACAUUCGUAAGUUCGAUAUGUUUAUCUUUUUUCUUAACCCAUCAAACUUUACUUUAAUGAAUUAACUUGUUUGUCAAUUUAAUUGAAAUUAUCCAACAGAUCAUUUAAAGUUAUUAUUCAUUAACCAACAUAUUUUUUUAACGAAAACAAUGUUUGAUUUUUGUUUUUUUUAAGAAAGACAAUGUUUGAUAUUAAUCUCACGGCACCUCGUCUCCAUAAUUCUCUAAUCUACCAAGUUUUUCACGUUCGGAUCCACUAAAUUAGAGGAUCGAGAACUCUAUCAUAAAAAUCUAUGAUGUAGUAAUUUUUAAUACAACUCUAACACUCAGAAGACAAUCAUGUGGAUAUUAUGUUUGGUUAAGAAAAUAAUAUAUACUAUCCUUUUUCUCUUUCGCUUUCUUGUAAAUAUUAUUUUCUAUAUGAAUCAUGUGGAUACUUAAUUUCUAUAUGUUCCAACUUCUUCUGAUAUAUCCACAAAUUACAUAUAUAAUAUGAAUGAUUCACUCUUUCGCCGAAUUGAUUUGGAGAGAUGAGUUUGGAAAAAAUCUUCCCAACUUUGUAUAGUAUCCAAUACUCUCACCUAAAGUGAUAUUACUAAAUUACUAAUGCAUACUCUGGAGAAGGUAAUGGAUGAUGCCCAACUUGCUUUUUUUAUUUUAAAUUUUAAAAUAUUAAAUCGCUAGCAACAUAAGGAAGCGCCCCGUAGCCCGUUUAAAAAAUAAAAUAAAACAUAUAUAUCACAAUAAACAAUAAACUGUUGAACAAAAAAUUACUGAGAUGUGCAGAUCUUUUAUUCAAUAUAGCUAACUAUCUUUUAAAAAAGAAUGUUAACUAAUAUAUUUUAUUCUUAAAUGUUUUUGUUACAAGAUGGUUGACAGAAAGAUAUUUUUUGUUAAUAUCUUGUGCUUUUUUGGAGAAAAUGUUAAUAUCUUGUGUUCUACGAACACUUUAUGUAACUGAUGCGGUCCAUGCAGAUGAAUGCAUGCAUUCAUUAGUUAAAUCCACUUUUUGUAAAAAUCACAUAUAAGUUGUGUACCAUUCAUAUGGUCUUGCGUAUUAGUAUAUGUAAAAUAUAUGGGUAGACCCAUAAUCCCAUCAGUUAAAUUAUCAUUUGAAAAUUGUGUGUGUUUGUGUUAAUUGCAUCAGCAUUCACGGGGCAACUUCGAUGAUCACAUCUCUAUCCCACAAAAAAAAAAAUCCAUUCACUUCAAAGCAAUUUGCAACAUCACAGAUAUAAUUUCAUCUACAGAACCCACAAACAACGUAAGCUUGGGUCCUACUCUGUUUCUACUGCCACUUGUAAUUCACUCCGUCCACUUGUGUGUUUUGUUUUGCUUUCCCUAAAAUCCCAACGUCAGACUAAUAAUUAUAAUGUGAUAUUGGAGGCGAUUGUGUGUGUACUACUGGUCAUUACGUAUGCAUUUCUAUUUCCGUAAUUCAUCUAUUUAUUUCAAGUUUUGAUUAAAAAAUUUUACUUUUAAUUUUUUUUUUGAUAAUUUUUCUUAUUACUUACAUGUUAAAAAGAUUAAUUUCAAAUCUUAAAUUGUUAUAUGAAUUUUCAUUUGUUGUUUAAAAAGACUAAUUUAAGAUGACUUUUAGUUUAUUGAUUUAUAGUAGCACGAUUAUUGUGUUACUAUCUUAAAAUGUUAUCUCCAUUUCAUUUUUCCUUAUCUUGAGAAUAGUUUUGAUGCAAUUCCCCUGAAUAUUUUUAUGAAGAUAAUUAUAAGAAAAAGGAAUAAUAAAAUGUGAACGUCACUAAAAAGAAACUGAUAAAUAGAUGAAUAAAUAAUUAUAAUUAGAAAAGAAACAAAAAGGCAUUCGAACUCAUCCGAAUAUGAUGCUCUAUAUAUACAAAGAACCUCACACCACUUUGUUCAUAGGAAGAGCACAAGCCAACCCCCACAAGUGGUACUUCACCUCUAUUCUUAUAAAAAAAAAAAUUAAAAGAGAGAUAUGGUGUUAAAGAUGUCGGAAUUAGCUAAGCCCUACUUUGCAAUGGUAUGCCUCCAAUUCGGAUACGCUGGCAUGAACCUCGUUACCAAGGUUGUGCUCAACGGCGGCAUGAACCAUUUCGUCCUUGUGGCUUAUCGUAAUGCCUUUGCCACGGCCGCUAUAGCGCCUUUUGCUCUUCUCUCGGAGAGGAAAGUGAGGCCAAAGAUGACGUUCCCGAUAUUCAUGCAAAUAUUUCUACUAGCGGUUCUUGGGCCUGUGAUCGAUCAGAACAUGUAUUACGCUGGACUUAGACUCACCUCACCGACUUUUGCCGGCGCCGUUACCAGCAUCGUGCCCGCUUUGACAUUUAUCAUUUCCAUAAUUUUCAGGAUGGAGAAGGUGGAGCUGAGAAAAGUAAGAUUCCAAGCAAAAGUGGUGGGGACAUUAGUGAUAGUGGUUGGAGCCAUGUUGAUGAUUUUAUUCAAAAGUCCUCUAAUCAACUUUCUCCGGUCUCACCUCAUCCGCGAAGCUUCGUCGUCCGCCGGCGAAGACUACCUCAGGGCCACCGUCUUCCUCCUCAUCGCUUCGUUUUCUUGGGCUUCCUUCUUCGUUCUUCAGGCAGCUACGUUGAAGAGAUACUCAUCUCAUCUUUCAUUAUCGACGAUGGUUUGCUUCAUGGGAACCUUACAAUCCACAGCCCUAGCGUUUGUGAUGGAACCAAACCUUUCUGCAUGGAACAUUGCCUUCGACAUGAACCUUCUAGCUUCUGCUUAUGCGGGUAUAAUGUCGUCGAGCAUAGCGUACUACGUGCAAGGGAUGAUGACGAAGCAAAAGAGCGUUGUCUUUGUCACUGCCUUUAACCCUCUUAUUGUCAUAAUUGUAUCCAUAAUUAACUUCCUUAUCCUCGGCCAGAGAUUAUACCUUGGCGGGAUUCUUGGAAUGAUGAUACUAAUGGUGGGAGUCUGUGCGGUUCUGUGGGGAAAGGAAGGUGAUGAAGAAGAAGAAGAGAAUAUUGAGGAGAAAUUUGUAGACGUUAUAAAAUGUUGUAAAGAUUGCGGAAACAAUAGUCUCUCGAUGCCAAGAAUUGAUGAGGAAGUAGAUGUUGAAAUGCAAUCUACCAAGAAAGAUAAGACGGUGGUGGAUUUGUUGUAGUUCUCGUGAGUAGAAAAAUGUUCACGAGCUUAAUAGAUGUUUUAAAUCUUUUAUUUUUGUUACAUAGAGGAGCAACUUUCUCUGUUCUAUAUUCUGCUCCAACCUUUUGGUUUUAGGUUUUGUUUUAUAAUCUUCUUGUUUAUAGUAGAGUAAUUAUGAUUAAAUAAAUGUUUAAAACUUCUUUCUUUCU